AUGGAGCUAGACAUGCAUACCUCAGGAAUUCAGUUGACAGAUGAAGAUGAUGCCCUUUUUAAUGAAGCCAUUUGUAUGAAAUCGAACGAAUUGAACAAAGUAGUAAACGUUAGUAAAGAGUUUACAAAGACUCGAACUUCUUUAGAAACUAAAUCAUGUGAAUCUGAAACAAGUGUCAACAAUGAUCAGAAAUAUGAGGAAGAUGUUAGUUCAAAUAUACAAGUUAGUAAUAGGUCUCAAUCCAUAGAAAAUCAAACAAAUAAUGUAAACAGCAUAAAGUAUGAGGAUAAUAUAAAGAAUAAACCAGAAAAUUUAAAUGAUUUUCGCAAAAGACCUAGAGAAACUUAUACAAAUCACGAAGAUGCAAAAAUUUCUCGAACUAGACGCAACAGUGACUCAAGUUCUACUACUAAUUCUUCAGAUAGUGGUAAAAAACAUAUAGAAUAUGAAAUAGAUCCUAGAGUGUUAGCACGUAGACAAAAAGAAAUAGAUUAUGGAAAAAAUACUGUUGGAUAUGACAGAUACAUUCAGGCUGUGCCUAAAGAGAAACGUACAAGAGAGCAUCCAAGAACACCUCCAAAAUAUAUUAAAUAUAGUAGAAGAGGAUGGGAUGGCAUGGUAAAAUUGUGGAGGAAACAACUUCAUCAAUGGGAUCCUCCACAAGAUAGCAAUAGUACUGAUUGA